GAUGGCUGGGUCAGGAACCUAUGAUGGUUCUUCCUCCCCUGAAUGUAAACACUCUCUCCACUGGACCCUGGCAGAGCUGUUAAGCCGGCAACUGGGUACCAAACAGCCCUGUGUCACAUGAGAGGCCUGGUUGGAGUCACCGUGGCCUGGGAUACUAUUCUUAGCUAGCUGGAGGAAUGUACACAGUGGCCUCAUGGCGAGCUCCACAGCCUAGUCGUUUCUCUGUGUCAUGCUUCUUUUCUCUCCCCGACUACUCUACCCACUCUCUCUGGAGGAUGUUUUGGUCCUCUUUUGAUUGGAACUAAUACUUUUUUCUAUCCAGACAGACCAGACAUUUUGGAUAUUGUUUAUUUUCUGAGCAGGAGAAUGGCCUUAAGACCACAAGAAGUUUCCUCUUUCAAAGACUCAGAACUUCCCUCCCACCUUCUUGCCCAGCUCAACAUCCUCCGUCAGGAGCGUAUCCUGACAGACGUCCUGCUCUGCACCGAGCACCAGGAGAUCCCCUGCCACAGGAACCUCUUAGUGUCCAGCAGCCCAUACUUCCGCGCAAUGUUCUGCAGCAACUUUCUGGAGAGCAGUCAGGCCCGAGUGAAUCUGAAGGGAAUCUCUUCAAAUGUCCUAAGUGGCAUUGUGGACUAUGUCUACACAGGCUGCAUCACUAUCACCAUGGAGAUUGUGCUCCCACUCAUGCAGGCGGCCUCCAUGCUUCACUAUGGAGGACUCUUUGAGGCCUGUUCCAUGUUCCUCCAGGAGCAGCUGAGUCCAGAAAACUGUCUGAGCAUGAUACGGCUCUCUGAGAUCCUUCACUGUGAAAGUUUGAGGGAGAGGGCAAAGGAGAUGGCUGUGAGGUGUUUCUCUGAUGUAGCUGCUACAGAGGACUUCUGUGAGUUGUCUCUUCCUGAGCUCAUGUGUUACCUAGAAGACGACCGACUUUGUGCUGAGGAGGAGCAAGUGUUUGAGACCCUCCUGGCGUGGAUCCACCAUGAUCCGUUCUCACGACGUGGCGCGAUCCAUGAUCUCUUCAAGAAAGUCCGCCUUCGCUACAUCCAUCCAACUUACCUCUUCCAGUUCAUUGCCAAUGACCCACUGGUGCAGUCCUCCACCCUCUGUACUGAGAUAAUUGAGUCAGUGCGCCGCCUCAUGCUUACAGUCAGCACCAAGUGUAGCCGUGAGCUCAAGCCACUUUGGACCACACCACGACGUUACACCUGCAGAGAAACACUUGUAGUGGUUGGAGGACGCAAAAACAAUGAGCAGACCUCACGAGAAGCCCUGCUUUAUGAUGAAAGGACUCAUCGUUGGCAGUGGUUGGCCAAGCUCCCUCUGCGCCUCUACAAAGCUGCAUAUGUGUGCAUACAUAGCAUCCUCUAUGUGCUUGGUGGGCUCAGCCUCUGCAUGACAUCAGGAGACAGCUCAGUCAGCGCCACAGUUUACACUCUUUCCCUGAAGACCAACCAGUGGCGAACUGCUGAGCCCAUGUUGGAGCCACGAUAUGCCCACCAAAGUGUGUCCUAUCUGCACUUUAUUUUUGUGUUAGGAGGCAUUGGGGUAGACAAGAAUAUCUCUCAGUCAGUAGAGAGAUACAACAGUAUGUUUAAUCAAUGGGAGGACAUGGCACAAAUGCCCACAGCGGUGCUGCAUCCAGCUGUUGCAGCCAGUGAUCAGAGGAUCUAUGUUUUUGGAGGAGAGGAUGCCAUGCAGAAUCCAGUCAGGCUGAUUCAGGUGUAUCACAUCUCUCGCAACUUGUGGUCCAGGCUAGAAACAAGGACGGUGAAAAAUGUUUGUGCUCCUGCUGCUGUCAUCGAAGACAAGAUCUACAUCAUAGGAGGAUACACCAGGCGAAUGAUCGCCUAUGACACCAAAGCCAACAAAUUUGUCAAGUGUGAGAACCUGAAGGAGCGGCGGAUGCAUCACAGCGCUACAGUGAUCAACAAUAAGCUCUAUGUCACUGGUGGACGCAUCCUCAACGGCCACGACGUCAUCGAGGACUCAGACUGCUUCGAAUGUUACGACCCCAAGACAGACGUUUGGACCUCAAAAGGUUCUUUGCCGUACAAGCUAUUUGACCACGGCUCCCUUCCGCUGGUCUGUGUUUCCAACAGACCCAACCCACCAUGACCCACCAUCAUUGACCUCUAACUACAAAUUAACCCUUUUAACCAUUUUAAACUGACUGCAUUCCUUCAUGCAGCUCAGUCUCUGCCAUAACUUAGCAGCGCGUUAGGCCAGGCUGAUUUUCAAUUGAAUCAAAGUGGAAAGAGGAGCUGCUUUGUCAUCCCUGAGACACCUGGGGUAGAUCUGAACUGAAAACCCCUGAGAUGACCAUGGGCGGACAUGCUUACACAACAAUCAGCUGUUCAGACACAUGAUCCAAAAAGCGCUUUCCUAAGAUGGCUGCACUCGUUUGAUGGUAACUAAAAGUGUUAAGGCUUUCAUUUCCCAGACACUCUGAGACACUGCAGCUGCCGUUGAAUUCCUUCUAACAAUUUAAUACAUAGGGAGUUACAUGUCUGGCUGCUUAUUUACUCCAUGAGCUCUGCUUCUCAUAUAAACUGAAAAUAACAGACCAGACAGCUUAUAUAAUUUGCACUUUAUAGUAAAUACAUUCCUCCUUGACCCACAAGCUUCUAUCAGAUUGCACUCGCUGAAAUGUCAAUGAGAACCACAAUAUCACUUAAACAAAAUGAUCUGG